AAGCAUCUGCGGCGAGCGAGAGACGAGGAAGAACAGGCAUUGCCUUUCAAAUAAUCACAGUCGCCCGCCCACUGUCCGAUGCUGUUUGCAUCGAAAAUAUUGUCGAAUGCAUGAAAAAGAUCAUCUCUGCUGUUGUGAAAGCGCUUUACGAGUAAGAAUCUCAGCACCUAAUAGACAAGGGUGGCACUGAUACGCCUGAAGUUGGGAGCGAGAAGCAACGCCGUGAUGGAGGUUGAGAAUAAAGAAGGAUCUGAGAGCCCUCUGCCCAACGGCAGCACCCAUCCACCCAAACGUGGAAGAGGCAGACCACGAGGGUCGCUCAAUAAGAAGUUCACUGCCGAGAAAGCGCCGACACACAAUCCCAGGCCAUCGAAAAAGGUGGACUUCUUUUCCCCUGACAUAGUCAUAAAGAACAAGGUGAAGAAACGUGGUCGACCAAAGAAGAUAAAAAUGCCCGGUAGGCCGAGAAAGAUCCCUCUCACGCCUGAGGAAGAAUCAGAGAGACUUAACAGGUUGAGUUUACAACGCAAGCGGAAACUGUCAAAGCCCCUCGGAAGACCCCGCAUUCAUCCCAUCGCAGAAGGCCCCAAAGAAAAAAGGGGAAGAGGAAGACCUCGCAAAUCUGGCGAUCUGGCUGAGCAAAGUAGUGACGGAAUCAGCCUUGACGCUAAUGGAUCUCCAACUAAAAAGAGAGGGAGGCCGAUGGGCUCAAUGAAGAGGAAGAGGGGUCGGCCCGCAGGUCCUACCAAGACUUCAAUUGCCAAGUCCUCAGAUGGGACCCCCAAAAGGAGAGGCCGCCCUCCAGGCUCGGCCAACAAGGUGAAGAAGAUUCAGCGGGCUGACGGAACCCCUCGAAAGAGAGGCCGACCCCCAGGCUCUGGCACCAAACCGAAGAUCAUUCGACGGAACGCAGACGGCACUCCUCGAAAGAGGGGCCGGCCUCCAGGUUCUGGAAAGAAAGUCAAGAUCGUCGAAAAGAAAGUCGGAGACGUUCCCCGCAAGAGAGGCCGGCCACCUGGUUCAGGCAAAAUCAAGGCUCGCACCUCAGAAGGUGCAGAAGGUGGAGAUGUAGAAGGGGCGAACGCCGACGGCGCCGCUCCACGCCGUAAGAGAGGUCGUCCAAGCAAAGUCAGACUGGCUCUCGUGCUCGAAAAACUCCCCUCGGCAUUACCGGAGGGAGAGGAAGAGGAGACCGACGCGCCCUCUCCCAAACAGUCCCGCACCUCUGACGACUCGUCGCAAAAUCAGAACGAUGAAGAAGAGACCAGGGCGAGCGAGAACGACGCAGACCCAGAAGACGAAGAUGACGCCAUCGAUUGUUCAAAAGUGAACAACACUAGUGAGAACGAGAUGGUGGGCAAAUUCAAAAAAAAGAAAUAAAGAGAUAGGGGGGCUUCAUUGAAAAUUGGUGGGUAUAUUUUUCGAAGGGUUUUAAUAGGCUAUGUCAAUAA